AUGUCGUCCACCACCAUCACUGAUACCCAGGCUCCCGCGGCCACGGCCACGGCCAAUAGAGUCCAGGAUGCUGAUCCUCAGCAGUACGACUACAGCCGUCUCAAGCCCUACGUGCACCCGCCAGUCACCAAGGCUGAGCUGCCCUGGGCUGAGCUGGUCACGCUCGACCUCGAGGAGCUGAGCCGGCCAGGGGGCAAAGAGCGUCUGGCGCAGCAGCUGGAGCACGCCGUGCACCACGUGGGCUUCUUCUACGUGAAGAACUUCGGCCUGACGCAGGAGGAGGUGGACCGGCAGUUCACGCUGGCGCAGAACUUCUUCGAGCUGCCCGUGGCCGAGAAGGAGAAGUACGAGGUGCGCUACGCCGAAGCCGACUACAACGGCUGGCGACGGCCCGGUCGCUCCCUGCAGGCCAACUCGCGCGACAACGUCGAGAUGCUCAACUUCCCCAAGUUCACCGCGGACUUCGUCGGCAAGUACGACUACCCGGCCCUGAUCAAGGCGCACAUCGGCGAGAUCGAGGCGUUCCAACGCGCCCUGCACGCCAACGUCGUGCUGCCGCUGCUGCGUCUGUUCGCCGUCGUCCUGCAGCUGCCCGACGAGGACUACCUGGUCAAGCAGCACACGUACGACAAGAAGAGCGAGGACCACUUCCGCUACAUGCUCUACCACCCGCGCACCGAGGAGCAGUGGGCCGCCAGCGACUACGGCAAGCGCGGCGGCCACACCGACCUGGGCACCGUCACGCUGCUGUUCCGCCAGCCCGUGGCCGGCCUGCAGAUCCUGGGCGAGGACGGGAACUGGACGUACGUGUCGGCCCAGCCGGGCACCAUCACCGUCAACCUGGCCGACACCAUCUCGCACCUGACGGGCGGCUGGCUCAAGAGCUCCGUGCACCGCGUGGUCGCCCCGCCCGAGGACCAGCGCCAGUACAAGCGCACGGGCCUGCUGUACUUUGCCCGCCCGCACAACGACACCGUGCUGGUGCCCAUCACCGACUCGCCGGUCCUGCAGAAGGCCGGGGUCCAGCCCCGGUUUGACAAGCUGGUCACCAUGGAGCAGUGGGUCCGGGCGAAGCAGACACUGCAGCUGAAUCCCGACAUUGCGGCCAAGCGCUGGGCGGAACGCGGAGAUGGGACGGUCGAGGUCCUUGCUGGGUUCCGAGACCAGAAGUACAAGUCAUAG